UCGGCUCCGGUUGAGGCAGGAAACAGGCCUGUGGUGAGCGGCGGCGGCCCGAGGAGGGCGCGAGGCGAGUCCAAUGGCGGGCGGGGAGGCCGCCCCAGCAGCGGGGCCCGGCCCUGUGGCUGAAGGCGGCGAGGGGAAAGUGCGGGAAGCCGGUGACGCCCGCCUGGACUGGGUGGAGGCGCUGCGCGGCUACUGCGAGCCUGAGCAGCACUGGAGGUACCGCCGCGAGUUCCUGAUUCGCAACGCCGAGGCCUCGUCGUUGUCGCCGAACGGGGAAGGCGGCGGUGACGAGGCGGAAAGGCGGCGCCUCGUCUCUUUCUCUAUGGUGUGGGCCAACCACGUCUUCCUGGGGUGCCGGUAUCCUCAACAGGUGAUGGAAAAGGUGCUGGACAUGGCUGCAGGCAUCACAGUCACCAGUGCUCCAACCCACACUCUGAGAGACGAACUGGUUGCCAAGGUGAAACGAGGCAUAUCAAGUAGCAAUGAAGGGCUAGAAGAGCCUUGCAAGAAGCGAGCUGUUGGCACAGACAAAGCUUCUGAAGAUAGCAGAAGUGAUGCAAAGUCUACCAAGGCAGAAGUGCCCAUGGAAACAGGCACUGAACCUAUGAAGAACGUAGAAAAAGAGAAAGCAGAAGAUCCAGAGAAGCCACUGUCUUCCACUGUGGCUCCGAAGGUGGUGUCCACAGCAGCACCAACUGUGGCUCCGAAGGUAGUAUCUGCUGUGGCGCCCGCUGUGGCUCCGAAGGUGGUGUCUGCAGCAGCCGUGGCUCCGAAGGUGGUGUCUGCAGCAGCCGUGGCUCCGAAGGUGGUGUCUGCAGCAGCACCAGCCAUGGCUCCGAAGGUGGCAUCCGCGACAGCAACAGCCAUGGCUCCGAAGGUGGCAUCCGCGACAGCAACAGCCGUGGCUCCGAAGGUGGCAUCCGCGACAGCAACAUCCGUGGCUCAGAAGAUGGCAUCUGCUGGGGCUCAAAAGGUGGCACCCAUGGCACCUUCAACUGGAGUAAAAGUAGAAUCCAGACUUGCUAAUUAUGAACCCACAGCAGUUACUAGGCACAAAUCAGUUCUGGCUUCUUCUAUAUCUGGUCCUGAGUCAAAAAUGAAUGACUGCUUAACCAAACCUUCGGAAUCCAAAUCUGAAAAUGUGUUAACAUCUGAAAAGAAAGACAGUUUGGAAAGUGCUGCAGUGUUAGCUUCCAAAAGCAGUUUACACGUGACUGCAGUUCCUGCCAAAAUGCCACUGAAAUUGUUAACAAGCGAAGAUGCAAAAGAGAGGCAGCCAUUCUUCAACAGAUUGUACAAGGCUGUUGCUUGGAAGCUGGUUGCUGUCGGAGGCUUUAGUCCCACUGUCAAUCAUGUAGAACUUCUAAACUCAUCCAUUCAGUCUGUAAAGGCAACAUUAGAUGUUGAUUUUGUUCCACUGAAAGAGCUUACAGAUUUACCUCAGAAUAAAAGCUCUCAGGAAAGUGUGGUUUGUGAACUGAGAUGCAAAUCUGUAUAUUUGGGUACUGGUUGUGGAAAAAGUAAGGAAAAUGCCAAAGCAGUAGCUUCAAGGGAAGCACUAAAACUGUUUCUCAAGAAGAAGGUUACUGUGAAAUUAUGUAAAAGAAAGUACAAAGGAAGGGAAGUUGAAGAUUUGGUGCUUCUUGAUGAAGAAUCAAAACCAUUAAAUUUACCUCCUGCUUUAAGAAAUCCUCAAGAAAUAUUGUAAACCAGUGGAGCAGCUGCUGUUUAUAUUAGCAAAUAAUGUUUUAUCACAAAAACUAAGUUACUUUUGUAUACUGAAGUAGAUGCCCAGAUACUUUGUAUUUCUUCUCAGCUUUUCAGGACAAAUACCAUUCCUGUUAGUUUCACUCCGUAGCAAAUAUAAAUAAUUUGAUAUAGAUGUAAAGCGUGCAAAAGUAUGCCUUAACAUACAUAGCACACUAGUGUGCUUUUCUAUUUCUUAAAUAGUCUACCUAAGUCUUCUGUUUUAAUGAAAUAAGGUAUAAUUUGCUGUUCAAAAUGGUCUAAUUUUGUACCCAGUAAUUUGGUAGUAGUGAUGUUCACUUUAGAACACAUAUCUUUUUAGCUGCAAAGGAAUCCGUAUACAAGAACCAUUGUACCUGGAUAACAGAAAGUUGUCUAAAAAUUUACAAACAUUGAAUCACAUGCUUCAGUUCUUAUGUUUAUAUGCUUAAAAAGAAAAUAGCUGAUGCAGAUUAUUUUAAUGAAGUUGUAAUAUUUUAAAUCUGAAUUUAAAAAGUUGGUCCUGUUUUAAUAUUGCCCUUCAAAUUGUCGGUAAAC